AUGGAGUCCAAAUCUGAGAGCAAUGGAACAGCAGUUACUGAGUUCAUUCUUCUGGGCUUGGUAGAGUCAACAGGGCUGCAGCCAGCCAUCUUUGUGAUCUUCUUCUUUGCCUACCUGCUCACAGUUGGGGGCAAUCUAAGCAUCCUGGCAGCUGUCUUGGUGGAACCCAAACUUCACACUCCCAUGUAUUUCUUCCUGGGGAAUCUGUCCAUGCUGGAUGUGGGGUGUAUCAGUGUCACCGUUCCCUCAAUGUUGGGUCGUCUCUUGACCCACAAGCGUUCAAUUCCUUAUGGAGCCUGCCUCACACAGCUCUUCUUCUUCCAUCUGCUGGCUGGUGUUGACUGCUUCCUGUUGACAGCCAUGGCUUAUGACCGGUUCCUGGCCAUCUGCCGGCCCCUCACCUACAGCACCCGCAUGAACCACACAGUCCAGAGGAUCUUGGUGGCCACAUCCUGGGCUUGUGCCUUCAGCAAUGCACUAACACACACUGUGGCCAUAUCCACACUCAACUUCUGUGGCCCCAAUGUGAUCAAUCACUUCUACUGUGACCUGCCCCAGCUCUUCCAGCUCUCCUGCUCCAGCACCCAGCUCAAUGAGCUGCUGCUCUUUGGUCUGGGGGUCCUCAUGGCUGGUGCACCUGUGAUUCUCAUCGUCACCUCCUACAUCCAUGUGGCAGCUGCAGUUUUGAGAAUCCGAUCUUCUGAGGGCAGGAAGAAAGCCUUCUCCACGUGUGGCUCCCACCUCACUGUGGUGGGCAUCUUCUAUGGGACAGGUGUCUUCAGCUACAUGAGGCUGGGGUCAGUGGAGGCUUCAGACAAGGACAAGGGCAUUGGCAUCCUCAACACUGUCGUCAGUCCCAUGCUGAACCCACUCAUCUACAGCCUCAGGAACCCUGAUGUGCAGGGUGCCCUGAGAAGGGUCCUGACAGGAAAGCGAGACGUGGCAUGAGGCUGAUUAGGAGGGAAGAAAACACAGUAUAAACUGGGCAUGGUUGUGCACGCUUGUAAUCCUGCCACAUGAGGAUGAAGGCAGUGGGAUGCGAAAUUCAGACAGCAACUCUGAGGGCAGCCUAUGCUGCACGAUGACCUGUUUCAAGGGGAAGUAAAA